CCUGUGGGACACAGUGGUGGUGGUUGGGUCUGAAGACUGAGCGGUUUUCGCCUCAAUUUUCCUGCUUACUUUCUCCUCCCUUUUCACUUCAUCCGUGGAGCACAGUGAUGGGUCGCAAGAGGAAGAAGCAGCUGAAGCCGUGGUGCUGGUAUUGUAAUAGAGAUUUUGAUGAUGAGAAGAUCCUUAUACAGCACCAAAAAGCAAAACAUUUUAAAUGCCAUAUAUGUCAUAAGAAGUUGUACAGAGGACCUGGCUUGGCUACACAUUGCAUCCAGGUGCAUAAAAAGACAAUAGAUGCUGUACCAAAUGCAAUACCUGGGAGAACAGACAUAGGGUUGGAAAUAUGUGGUAUGGAAGGUAUUCCAGAAAAAGACAUGGAUGAAAGAAGACAACUUCUUGAACAGAAAACACAGGAGAGUCAAAAAAGGAAGCAGCAAGAUGAUUCUGAUGAAUAUGAUGAUGACGACUCUGCAGCUUCAACUUCAUUUCAACCACAGCCUGUUCAACGCCAACAAGGCUAUAUACCCCCAAUGGCACAGCCAGGACUACCACCAGUUCCAGGAGCACCAGGAAUGCCUCCAGGCAUACCUCCAUUAAUGCCAGGUGUUCCUCCUCUGAUGCCAGGAAUGCCACCAGUUAUGCCAGGCAUGCCAUCUGGAAUGAUGCCAAUGGGUGGAAUGAUGUCACCUGGACCAGGAAUACCACUUCUAAUGCCUGGUAUGCCACCAGGUAUGCCCCCUCCUGUUCCACGUCCUGGAAUUCCUCCAAUGACUCAAGCACAGGCUGUUUCAGCACCAGGUAUUCUUAAUAGACCACCUGCACCAACAGCAACAGUUCCUGUUCCACAGCCUCCAGUUACUCAGCCUCUUUUCCCCAGUGCCAGACAGCCUCAGGCAACUGUCCAAGGACCUGUUGGUACAGAUUUCAAGCCCUUAAGUAGUACCCCUGCAACAACUACAGAACCCCCGAAGCCUACAUUCCCUGCUUAUACACAGUCUACAGCUUCAACUACUAGUACAACAAAUAGCACUGCAGCUAAACCAGCGGCAUCAAUAACAAAUAAGUCUGCUACUCUUACGACAACCAGUGCAACCAGUAAGUUGAUCUAUCCAGAUGAGGAUAUAUCGUUGGAAGAAAGAAGGGCACAGUUACCUAAAUACCAACGUAAUCUUCCUCUUCCAGGAAAGACUCCCAUUGGUAAUCCACCAGUUGGACCAAUUGGAGCUAUGAUGCCACCACAGCCAGGCAUCCCACAACAACAACAAAUGAGACCCCCAAUGCCACCUCAUGGUCAGUAUGGUGGUCAUCAUCAAGGCAUGCCAGGUUACCUUCCUGGUGCUAUGCCCCCAUAUGGGCAGGGACUGCCAAUGGUGCCCCCUUAUCAAGGUGGGCCUCCUCGACCUCUGAUGGGAAUGAGACCUCCUGUAAUGUCGCAAGGUGGCCGUUACUGAUCUCGCUUCAUCCAAUCUAAUAGGUUUGGAGAUUAAACCUUUUCUCAACUUGUGCUCCUUAUAUAGCCAAGCUUCUGUCAAUAAGGCUUCAUUGUGACUUUAACAUUAUCUUUCCACAUACCAGGAACUAUUGGACAUUUAUUUUACAUGGGAAAACUAUUUGGAAUAAUAAAGCAGGAACUUUUAUUGAAGUUG